CCUCCGCCCCUCUUCAAAAAACCAGACGAGACCGCGUCCGCGAUUUUUAGCGCAGCCCCGUCCGCACCCGUCGCCGCCGGGGGUAGCAUCUGGCCGAAACAAACUUCGUUGGGGGUCCGGGUCUCGCCUGCCUUGCUGGCCGGGGCAGCCAGGACGAGGGGGACCCCGGAGCCCGCCCAGCCGGGUCGGAGGGGCGGGAUGGCGGCAUCCACCCGCUGGGUGCUGUGCCUGUGCCUGGGCUGGGGCUGCCUCUGCCUGGCGCUGGGGGACGCGCUGAAGGCUCGCUGCGGCGGGCUGCGGCGGCGGGCAGCCCCGGCCGCUGUGCGGGGAGGCCGGGCGAGGGCGGCGGCAGGUGACUACAGCCCGGGGCAGCGGCCGGGGCAGGAGGAGCGGCGGCGGCCGCCGGAGCGCCCGCGGCCGGGGGACAAGGUCUCGGAGCACAUGCUGCGGCUCUACGACCAGUACAGCGGGGGGCGGGCGGCGGCGCCGCGGCCCCAGGACCCGCCGGGGCAGCCCGGGCUGCACCUCCGCCGCGGCAACACGGUGCGCGGCUUCCGCCCGCUGCCGGCAGGGAGCUCUGAAAGCCAGGAGAUGUACGUUUUUAACUUGACAUCGCUCACUGAGUCUGAAAACAUCUUGUCAGCUUCGGUGUAUUACUAUAUUGGUGACCUGCUGCACGCUAAGCGGAACUGUUCCCAGUCUGAAGGCUGUUCUCAUCACAGACACAGGAGACCUGAAAAUCAGAUACAUCUUUCAGUUUGGACCUUUUCUUCUGUAGGGAACCGGACUCGGAGCCUGGGACGCUUCCCAAUAAAUGUCUCUGCUGCUUACCAGGAUGUCCUUUCCUGGCAGUGGAAGGAUAUCACUCAACUCCUGCAUGAAGCAAAACAAAGCAACAAACUCCUGAUCGGUGUCAGGAUGGAUCUGACCCACCAUCAGCCCUGGGAAAGGGCACCUUCUCACUAUGAACCCUACAUUCUGGUUUAUGCCAAUGAUUCUGCUAUUUCAGAGCCAGAGAAUGUUGUCUCUAGUUUGCAAGGACACCAUCAUCCUCUGGCAAGGGUUUUUCCCAGGCCAGAAAACCACGUGAAGAGCAGCCUUAGGAGGUGGCGGCGAAAACGCUCUGCAAACAUCCUGUUGCCAUUGCAGAAUAAUGAGCUUCCAGGAGCUGAGUACCAGUACAAUGAGGAUGAGAGAUGGGAAGACAGAAAGCCCUACAAAACCUUCCAGCCGCGGUUAGCAGAGAGGGCAAAGAGUAAGAAAAAGCAGAGGAAGAAUCAUCACCAGAAGAGCCAGACUCUCCAGUUCGAUGAGCAAACACUGAAGAAGGCAAGGAGGAAGCAGUGGAAUGAGCCAAGGUAUUGCACCCGGCGCUAUCUCAAGGUGGAUUUUGCAGACAUCGGCUGGAGCGAGUGGAUUAUUUCCCCUAAAUCCUUCGAUGCCUAUUACUGCUCGGGGGAAUGCCAGUUUCCAAUUCCAAAGGCCUUGAAGCCAUCCAACCAUGCCACCAUCCAGAGCAUAGUGAGAGCCGUCGGGGUCAUCCCAGGCAUUCCCGAGCCUUGCUGCGUUCCUGACAAAAUGUCUUCUCUUAGUAUCUUAUUCUUUGACGAAAAUAAAAACGUGGUUCUUAAGGUGUACCCCAACAUGACAGUGGAAUCCUGUGCGUGCAGAUAACAUCUCAGGAGACCCUUUUGAAAUGCUGAGGUAAUCACUUGCUGUUUGGGGCAGGGGUGGGGGGGAGGUGUUUCAUCAUACCUACUUGUUUGCACUGCCAAUGCAUUUCCUUUGGACAAUAAACAAACCAACAAAUUUAAACAGAUCCAAACAGUGAGGAUGGAAAUGGAAUGGAAACCAAAUAGCAUUUCCAAGGAAGGAGAAUACAAACUUCGUUCAUCUCUGAAUUUGACGGAGACACAAGUUUUGGCAGUGGGGACUGACUGUUUCUGUCGAAAUUGAGAGAUGAAAGAGGAAUUUGCAGAAGACUCUUCAAGAUUUUUGAGACUGCCAGAAGGACAUACUGAUUUAUUUUUGUGCAAGAUUCUGGAAGCAGCAGUAGCUGUUAAUUUUUAUCUCCGUUCUUAUGGUGACUGAUGGGGAAGGAGAUUAGAAAUGUACUAUUCUUCAUGUUAAAACUAAGCUUUCUGCCUUAGGUUAUUGAGUAGUGCAGCAAGGAAGAAAAACAAAUCUGACAUCCUAAGAGCCUUUGACAAUCCAACUUACACAUCUAUCUUCUUGGUAGGACAUGUCACCGAUAGCCUGUGUGUAUUCAUUUUCAUUGACAUAGGGUUCAUAAUUCAGCUUAUUAGAUGUCAGUAUCCUUGGUUGGAAGAACACAGAACACAUUGCUGUGUGCAUAAUUGCAGUACCUCAGAAAUGAAGAGUUUUCUCUCAGUGCCACUGUAGAAACGCAGCAGGCCAAGGGUAUGAAAGUAUCACACUCAGUGAAGCAGCUGAGUGACUUGUUCUCAACACAAUUCUAGAACAUAGUUGCAAAUAAUCUGUGAGUAAAUCAUGGUAGUUGAUUCCUAAACUGAAAUUAUUUGGUGCAUAAUUCUUAUCUGUAGGCAUUCACUAUAACUAUGUGAUCAAAACUGCCUCUGGUUGGUGAGUUUUGAUUGUUAAAUUAAUCAGAUAGUAGAUUUCCCCUCCUUAUCUCAGUUCACAUUCCUGAAAAUGAAAUUUGUUGUACCUAUGCUGUCAGUUUAAGAUGUCUUUUAAAAAUUCAUUUGAGAAACUACAAGCAGGAAAGAAAACAUCCAAUCAAUCUCAGGCACAGCUGCAAAAAGGUUUUGUGCUGUGGAGUAAAUGUUCACAGAAGUACUUUAGACAGAACCCUGGUGCCAUUUCCAGCAGCACAAUAUGUAGAGGGUGAUGCUUUUUGAAGCACUUUUGGCUGACAGGAGCGAUGUUUUAGUUUGCGCUAAGAGUAAAGGUCAAACAGCCUUUUCCGUAAGUUACCUCUGUAACUGACUCUCUGAAAUAGUGUAGUUAAAGAGCAGAUAUUCAUAGGGAAUAAAUUAAUUCCCCAUCAUCAAGAGAGUUAAAUUCUCUACUCUGGAGUCAGCAAUUCCUUAGCAUAUUGAAGGUGACGACAGUUUUCCUACAUAAAUGCCUUCUUGCAGCUUCACAGCUAUUUGAGGCUAGUUUAAACACUCAGUCAUUGACUUUUUUUUGGUCAGUGGUGCCAUCGUGACCCCUCAGGAGGGAUGGGGGGGGUUAUCCUGCUGCAAAUGAGGCUGCUGCCUCAGAGAAGGGCAGUCAGUCCCCCAGGAAAAUUCUGGGGGAAUGGGGACCCUAUAAAGUGAGGAAUCGCUGAGCCCCAGCCUCCCACUUGGUGGGCUGAAUUGGGAGUGGCUGGCUCUUGGGCAGAAGGAUGGGCCUGAGCCAAACACAGCUCAGUUUGUGAACAGUGUCCAUCACAAGCAGUGCCAGGAACGGGGCUCCUCAGAGGAGAGUGCAGAGGUCGGAUGCACCCUGGCCCACCCCUUGGAUGUUAGCAGAGUUACCCAGAUCAGAAUAGGAUGUCGGCAGCCCAGCUUCCCAACUUUUGCACUGCAGAACAGAGGCACUAACUAAAUACAGGUGUUUUGCUGGCACAGCAGUCUGGGCAGCCAUGCUCUGAGUCGCUCCCUGGGACUGAAGCCGGGUUUGAGGCUACAGGCAAUGCUUUCCAGUGCUGUAAUGAGACAGCCUGGAAGUGGCCUUAAAUGCAUCACCUGAAAACAAACAUGAAUAUGUUAUGCUUGGCUUUCACUGGGAUACAGGCAGACUUUUUCAUGAACCAUAUCGUGUAGAAUAGGUACAGUCUUCCACGUAAAAUGUGAUCUGCCUCUUCCAACUCUAAGCUAAGAGUGUUCUCUUCGAUUAGCCACGUAGAAGUGAGACAUUUUAUGCCCACGACUUGUUUUGCAUUUGUAUCUGUAAAUGAAACUUUCUACAUAAACCCAUGUCUUGCAUCAGUAAUGUAUUAAUCACACAGGCAAUUAUUUCUGUAUAUAUUGUAUUAGUAGGGACCUCAAAAUAAUUUCCAAUUCAUGUUAUUAAUCACCAUUUUAAUCUCAGAUCAGCACAGGGGGCUUUUCCCACUGUUCUGUUUUUUUAAAUACUAUUUAUUGAUAAAUGGCUCUGCUUCCCAUCUACUUACAUAGUAUCUGAUGCCUGCACAUUAAUUUUUAUGCCUGGCUCAGAAGAUGGGCAGGAGAAUGUCUUGAGCUGGGCAAGCUCGCUCUUCAGAUAGGCUCUUCUGGGAGCAAAGUCCCCAGUGAGGAGCAGACUGUGAGGAGGCAGCUGCAGAGAGCUCUUGAAAAUCCCGCUCCUGGAGGCUGAAUAGGGAAUCUCACGGUAAGUGUGCAAAAUAGAGAGUGCAAAAUAAAACUUGCAAUGUGGUACCUUGGCCCAGGAGAAUUGCCCACUAGAACUAAUGAUCCUGUUCCGCUGAACAGGGUCACAAGGCAGGCUCUUCUUUUUUCCUUUGUCUGGGGGCCCUGAACUUGCAAGGAGCAGAGCGCCUUUCAUGAGGUGCUGAGCAGCCCUGGGGUUGCAAAUGACUGUGCUCCGCCACAGGGCUGGCCCAAAAGCUUUGUGCACUGGUAUCUGUGGAGAGGCUCAGCAGUGUGCGGGAGACUGACAUUUUGUUUAGCAACCCAUUUCUCCUUGUAAAAACAGACCUUUUAAAUGUUUCUGUUGAAAGGUUAAUCUUUGUACAGACAAUGUCAAUUUAAAAAAAUAAAAAUUACCCCCGGAAAAGAAAAGUUAUUUUGUAUAUGAAAAGAAACUUUUACAAAUGCUUUUAAUUUAUUUUAUAUCUGUGGCCAUCUUGUUCUCUUAAUGGUUCCUUCUUUAUCUCAGUGCUCUUUAGACAGUACAGUUUUCUCUAUUGUUUCAAAGGUGAAAUGCUAGAACUGUAGUCAGGCUUGCAAGGACAGAUCACGGCCACACUGUGAAGGGCAUGUUUCACUACUGAUGUAUAAGCUUGCCUAAUUUGUAUUUUUUUUCCCUUCAGUAAUGGAAAUUUUCACAAGGAACUCUGGAGAAAAUAUAAAAUAAAAUCACUUUUUACAUGAAAA